AUGCAUUUCUCCAACAUUCUCCACUCUUUCAUGCUCGUCUUGCUAUUCGGCUUCGCCACUGCACUUCCUACAGAUAUGAGCUCCACCACGCACUCUGCAGCCAUCGCCAACAACCGUCUCACACUUGAGGCGCACGAUGGAGCUUGUAGCCCCAAGUGCAAGCAGGAGUUUGAUAGUUUGCAGUCGUGUCGCUGGGUCGAGUAUUGCAUGUUGAGUAAUCGGUAUAACAUCAAGUUGCGGGCUUAUGACAACUGCUGCAAGCUUGUGCAUCCGCCCAGUGCGGUUGACGAGAAGACGCGCGAGACUUUGGAGAAGUUGAAAGCUAAGACUGGGUUUAAGCCGGAGACUAAGACUGGUGGGGUGUAA